AUGGAUUGGUGGCAUAAGCUUAGAAGAACUUUCACUCUUCUGUCCACCAGAAUCAAGCUUCGUAAAUCCGAAACAAGGAUGGUUGCUGGUUGUCGAGGUGGUGGUAUGGUUAAAUUCAGCGGUGGAGAUAUGGGCGGAGGAGCCGUUGGUGGGCUGUUGAAUCUUCGAGAUGAAGUAGAAAUGUGCGGUUAUAAAGAUGUGGAGGUUAUGUGGAACAUGUUAAGCUUAAGCCUCACGCAUGAGCCAAUGAAAACCGCAAAAGGCACUAAACCAAAAUUUCCAAGGCGUAGUAGUUGCAAGCAAAGAUUAAAUUCAAGGUUUUUGUUUUGGACUAACCAUAACCCAUAA